AAGCGAUCUGUUGCGCUAGACGCCUAACGCUGCUCUCUGUCCUGUUUGAUCCAAGCGCCCUGCCGUAUCCGAGUGGAAGCAGUGCUAUCGAGCAUGCGCAGAGCUCAGCUGCGCCUUGAAAGGUGAAAAAGGAGGAAGGGCAGCGGCAUCUUCUCGGGAGGGUCUCGGGGUUGUUUUUGCCAACAACCUUUGCUGGGUGAGGGAAAGCUAUCAACCAUGUCAUCUGCUUUGUUGCCCAAACCGCAGAUGAGAGGCCUGUUGGCUAGCCGUCUAAGGAAACACCUUAUAGCAGUGUCUCUCAUGUCUCUUGGAAUUAUACUUGGAUUCAAGUUUGGUGUGUCUGAACCCAGGAAGCGAGCAUAUGCAGAGUUCUAUAAGAACUAUGAUGCCACAAAGGAGUUCGAGGCCAUGAGAGACGCAGGCAUAUUUCAGAGUGCACCGCCUAAAAAAAAAUAAGCCAGCAUCUCCAGAUCCUUUUCCUUAGCAACCUGAAACUGAACAUUGCUGUUUCUGUGAACUAAACUUUUGGGUCACUUCGGUACUGGUCAUGCUACGAUUUUGCUCAUUAAAUGAAAUACUUAUGUCAAA